GGCGCCAUGCGGAGCCGCGCGGAGGUGGACGCUACGCUGCGUACCGCCAAGCUGAACCCCGCCGAGCUGCUGCCGGCAGUGCACUGCCUCAGCUUCGGCCCGCAGGGCGGCGUCGGCGAUUGCUGCCUGCUGCAGCUCGAGGCGGGGCUGUGCGCCGAGCUGGAGGCGGGCCGCAGCCUGGUAAUCCGUGGUGAAAAGGAUGAACAAGCAGUGUUGUGCAGCAAAGAUAAAACUUACGACAUGAAAAUAGCAGAUACCUCAAAUAUGCUGCUGUUUAUUCCUGGCUGCAAAACUCCGGAAGAGCUGAAUGCAGAUCAAGCAUCUUGUAAUAUUAUUCAUUCACAGAUUGCUGGCUUCUCCAACAACUAUUGGGAACUAAGGAGAUGUCGACCUAAACUGAAGAAACUGAGGAAGCUUCUGAUGGAAGAUCCGUAUGAAGGGCCAGGUAGUGUGAAAGAUCAGACUGCAACGGUGUCAAAAUACACAACAGAAGAUUUGCUAGGUCUGAUUCAAGCAAGUGAAGAGGAAAUACUGCACCACCUGCAGGCUAUUGGUGCCUGUGUAAUUGAAGGAUGUUGGAGAGUUUUAGAAUUUGACUAUGAGAUGAAACUCUUGAAUCACGUGACUCAGCUGAUAGACUCAGAGUCCUGGUCUUUGAAUAAGGUUCCUUUACGUACGUGUCUCGAGGAGCUUGGACCUCUAGAGCCCAU